AUGGCAGACUCGGGUACAAACAGUUCUGUGGGCAUGGCCGACGUCCUUGAGGCCCUGAAGAGUAUCCAGGAGAAUCAGACCAAAUUGGCAUCAGAAGUCGAAUCUGUCUCCCUCCGACUUGAUACUCUUGCUCCGUCUGGCCAGGUGCCAAGUCUCGGUAUCAAUAAGGUAUCAGCUCCCCUCGCUGUGGCCCCGACGUCACCGAUCCGGACGACUCUGGCUGCUGGUGAGGCUGAUUCCGGCAACACAUCGCCUACAACGAAAGAAGCAACUCAGGCACAAAAAUCCGGAUUCACAUCCCGAAUUAUACUUACUACAUAUCCCAAGCAGAUUGGUAUUAAUCCACUCCCUCUUCAAUGGGGGGCUCCAGAUGCAGUCGACCGAGGUCCGGUGGUUGUCUCCCGGUCAUCAUCCACAAUUCGAAAGCGUAACGCUAUCGGAGCACAUGGCGGUUCCUAUUCCAUCUACUUUGCUCUUGCACUUGCUAGCAAGCAGCUUAACGCCAACCAUAGGCCAGAUUUCACCAACACCGAGCCAGCAGCCAAUAUUGGCCCGUUUCCUCAAUGGGGCGAUAAGAAAAAGAUCGUCGCUAUGGAUCCUUGGGGUCACUUGGCCCCGUGGCUUUUCUCCGACGUUAUAGAAAAGGAGGACGUUGAUAUUCGUCCCACAAUUGCCAUAACCAAAGCACAUAUGAAGCUUCCGGAGUUGGAGGAAAGUGUUCGAAGAGGUAGACUUGUUCCCGAUGGGAAAGUUUGCCUAAAUGCACAGGGAGAACUGGCAGUGACCAAGUUUGCAGUUGAGCCGGUUUGGUACCUCCCCGGAGUAGCUGAGAGAUUCGGCAUAGAUGAGGGCGUUCUAAGGCGUUCGCUAUUCGAACACACUGGGGGUAGCUAUCCAGAGCUUAUCACACGAGGCGAUAUUAAGGUCUUUUUACCUCCAAUCGGCGGGCUGACUGUAUAUUGCUUCGGGGACCCGGCGAAGAUGUCUGACGAAAAGAGUAGACUAGCCUUGCGUAUUCACGAUGAGUGCAACGGUAGUGAUGUAUUUGGCUCCGAUAUCUGCACUUGCAGACCCUAUCUUAUCUUCGGCAUCGAAGAGGCCGUCAAGGAGGCACAGAAUGGUGGCAGUGGCGUUGUCAUCUACUUCAGAAAAGAAGGACGGGCUUUGGUAGUACCCAUGAAGUACGAUGCCAUCGUUGGCCAGGGUAUUCCUAUCCAUGAGCGGGUAGAACUUCCCGAGGACUUAAUCCCCGCAGAUUCACGGGUCGAGAUAGAUGCCAAGAUUACAGCCGGAUAUUUCACUACCGGCAACAGGAUGACUGCCGAAGAAUUGAAAGCCGUUCAGGGACGGAUGUGGGAAGAAUACUCGCCUGACAUCGUCCCUCGACGGGAAUCGUCACCAAGGCCGAAGAAUGCGGAAAGACGACGGCCCCGCUUACUUAGAGCCUGUGCCACGGAACCUUCUAUCACUACCUCCAACGCUUGUAAGGGAUUAUUGACGAGCCCGAACACAAGCCGGAGAGCAACAGAUCUACUCAGCCGCGUCGCAAUAUCCAAUGCCAACUCGUCACCAUCAUCAACACGGAGCUUCGCCCUAGACUCAUCCGAGAUGCGCGAGGCUCGUUUAUCAGACUCUACCCGCGAUCCACACUCGGUAUGCUACUUCAGCUUCCCCAGCUUCGACGCCUGGGAAGUCGGCGAACAUCCAGACGAGGAGAAGGUGGACAGGACAGCCUAA